AUGCGCCACACUACUAGGCUGCUCGCUCCCUACAAUGACUCGCGAUACCCAGUCUUCCAAUCUUUCGAGCACGAUUUCGGCGAGGAGGCAGGGUCCGAAGACUUCCCGGAGAAUUUUACCAUCUACUGCUCAUCCAGCUCCGAACCAGAAUUUAGGGAAAUGGAACAGCGCCAAACUCGUCUCACAGCGAGUGAAAUCGAGAGAACGUGGUCCUCUCUGGCGGAACUUCACGAGGGCCUGGACCUCAGUCGCUUUACGGACGCCGAUGAGGAUGUCAGUUAUUCAGACACAUCAGAGGACCUUGCUUCGCAUUCAGAGUCCUCGUAUCCAUCCCCACCAGAAAGCGUGAGGGAAGAAAGGGCCUAUCUUCACCAGGACAGAACGACUGCCCCACGGGACCUCGUUGAUCAGCUGCUAGACGCUCCCCAACGUUCCCCUUCCAUGGGGUCGUCCAUAAAUCCCAAGCAGGAAUCUAGUCCUAAGGCAGUUCAUCAAUCAGGUUUACCUCCGUACAAACCCAAGGAAAAGAGGAAUCAUUUGGGCGGGUCAAAGUGA